GGAAGUCUAAUUUGGAGGCUGCUUCCCUAAUUAGCAUGUUUAUUACCCACUGGAUCUAUCCUGCAUGAAUGUGUCUAAUCUUCUGAAAAAGCUUCAGUUGUUGGUCUCCAUCUUGUUGCAGUGAGUUCCUCAAGUCUUUUGAAACAUGACCUCUAGGAAGAAAGUGUUACUGAAAGUCAUCAUCCUUGGAGACUCUGGGGUGGGGAAGACAUCACUUAUGAACCAGUAUGUGAACAAGAAAUUCAGUAACCAGUACAAAGCUACAAUAGGAGCAGACUUCCUGACAAAGGAGGUGAUGGUGGAUGACAGACUAGUGACAAUGCAGAUAUGGGAUACGGCAGGGCAAGAACGGUUUCAGUCUCUGGGUGUUGCCUUCUACAGAGGAGCAGACUGCUGUGUGCUGGUGUUUGAUGUGACGGCCCCCAAUACAUUUAAAACUCUAGAUAGCUGGAGGGAUGAGUUUCUCAUUCAGGCCAGUCCAAGAGACCCUGAGAACUUUCCAUUUGUUGUGCUGGGAAACAAGAUUGACCUAGAAAACAGACAAGUUACCACAAAACGAGCACAAGCCUGGUGCUACAGUAAAAACAACAUCCCAUAUUUUGAAACCAGUGCCAAGGAGGCCAUUAAUGUGGAACAAGCUUUCCAGACUAUUGCACGAAAUGCACUUAAACAGGAAACCGAGGUGGAGCUUUACAAUGAAUUCCCCGAACCCAUCAAACUAGACAAGAAUGACCGAGCAAAAGCCUCUGCAGAGAGCUGCAGCUGCUGAGGUGGAGCUGGAGGGGUUGAGCACAGUCCUUCACAAACGGAUAUCACACUUAGGCCUUCAAACACAAAGCCCCUCUUCUGUAUAAAAUAAAACAAAAUUAAAAAAAAUCCCACCUCCAGCUGCCAAAACCCACCCAUCUCCUGUGAGCAACUGUAAGCCCAGCCCUCCUACACAGAGCUCAUCUAUGUCCCUACACCCAUUCACAUUGCCCCACUCCUUGGUAGCAGACUUCUUUUUCUUGGUUUUGAAAUGAAAUUCUUAUGUCUGGAAUGGAAGCUAACCCUGGGUGUCCAAUGGAGAGAAACUGUUUACAGGUAAUCUGUGUAACAAUUUGCAUACAUUUUUAACUGUCUCGUGUUCCCCUGUGAAGGCUGCAACUGGGAAAGGCUGAUUACCCAUAGUUCAUUGCAAACUCAGCACUCAGUCUGACUAGGUUGAGUUUUGUAUGUAUCUCUGUUAAUGCUUGUUACUUUUAACUAAUCAGAUCUUUUUACAGUAUCCAUGUAUUAUGUAAUGCUUCUUUAGGAAAAAUCUUAUAGUACAUGUUAAUAUAUGCAACCAAUUAAAAAAAUGUAUAAAUUAGUGUAAAAUUCUUGAAUGUCAAAAGUACUGAAACACAGAUUGUCUAGAAAGUGAGGAGGACACUUGAAGUGUGGCGUGCUAGCAACAUGAAGUCCAGAUAGAGGCAGUAUUCUGUACAGUAGGAGUGAGAAUUAUGUAAAAGUUUUUACUGACUCUUGAGAGCCAAAAAGCUUCAUCUUUUGGGGGGGAAAAUCCAAAUCUGUCUGGCUUCCUUGUAUCUAAAUUCUCAAAGUUGAUUUGCAUAACAGUUGAUAUGCACACUGGAUUAUUGGAUUUAAAAUUAAAUAUGGCUGUGAAAUGAUCAUCUUGUUUGUUCACCUUCCCCCAUCCAUUUUUAACAUCUCGCAGGAAAUCCAAAAAAGUUUAAGGUGAGAUGUUCCAGUGACUUGCCUUUUGUAGAAGGAGCUCCUUCCCAUCUGGCUUGUGGCAGUCAUACCUUGGCAAAUGACUUGAACUAGGAACCUUUCUUCUCUUCUUACUGACCACUACUCUAGAAUUUUUUUGGUAUGGAGAAACUCAGCAGUUUAGCUCCUUCCCCUCCUCCUUUCUUCCUAGUAUUUGUUCUUGCAUUUUGUAGCUUGCUUAAAUAGAAGCCUUCUACCUGUUUUUUCCAGAAGUCUACAUUCUAGUACGUAGGCUGAGCUCUUCUGUAAAGAAACAAACACGAUGCCAAUAAACUUAACAAGAACAGAACUCAA